UCUCCCUGGCAGUUUCAGAUCGGAGAGCUCGCAAACACUCUGACUAGUAAAUUGGAGUUCCUGGGCAUCAACAGACAAUCUAUCUCCAACUUCCACAUGUUGCUGUUGCAGACAGAGACCCGCAUUGCAGACUGGCGAGAAGGUGCUCUCAAUGGAAACUACCUCAAACGCAAACUCCAAGAUGCAGCCGAACAGCUAAAACAAUACGAAAUAAACGCCACCCCUAAAGGCUGGUCCUGCCACUGGGACAGGAUCUCUGGAUCACCUCUUCUGACCAACAGCUCUGACAAAGGACAAACUUCAACUCAUCGCCGGAAUGAAGAACAAGAUUUCUGUCUCCUGCCAGCAGGGAGCAUAGGCGCUAUUUCUAUGUUAACGAGCACUCAGGAGAGUCACAGUGGGAGUUCCCCGACGGAGAGGAUGAAGAUGAAGGACAGCAGAGCGUCGACAGAAAAGCUGACGAUCCUCCCAAACCACCUCCCAAAGAGAAAGGAGAGCAUCCCGCCGAUGCCACUGAGAGUUCAACAGUCCUCUGUCCCGGUCCUCCAACCUCCCUUGCCUUUGGAAAUGCCUCCGCCGCCUCCGCCUCCACCUGACUCGCCGCCACCGCCACCACCGCCCCCACCACCUCUUGGAGAAGAUGGCGAGAUCCAGGAAGUGGAGAUGGAAGACGAGGGGGGCGAGGAGCCGCCUGCCCCGGGGACGGAGGAAGAUGCUCUGCUCAAGCCUCUCCUACGCCCAGCUGUCAGCAGGAGCCAGGGCGCUGCCGAACCCAGCCCUGCCCUGCUACUCUCCGCCAAGCCCCAGAAGCGGAAAGCCACAGAGAUGAACGCGGAGCUGAUGCAGCGAACGGCCACCAUCGGCAGCUGCCCUGUCAUCUACAGCCAGCCCUUGAUGGCCACUGGCAAGUACCAGCCUUCGCCUGUGCCCCUCGCCUCCCUGAGGCCACGCCAGCGCCUGCAGGGCGACAUGCAGAGCCGUGCCAACCUCCGCCUGCCACCGGGACAUGCAGUCCCUCAGCCGUCCAGCAUGGCCAUCCAGCCCGGCUACUUGGGUGUGACAGCACCCGCUGCACCAUCCGUCAUGAGCUACUCCGAGUGCACCGUGCCUGCUGGCCUUGCUGCUGUGCCACCGGCCCCAGCACGCGGCUCCCUGCCUGCCACCAGCACUACUGAGCAUCCGCCUCCCCCACCUCCACCCCAGACACCUCCACCUCCCACACCCAAAGCGCCGCCGCCGCCAGAUAAACCUGAAAAGCCAAGGAAGGGGAGGAAGGAGAAGAGCAAGAAGGGCAAAACAAAGAUGCCAUCACUGGUGAAGAAGUGGCAGAGCAUCCAGCGGGAGCUCGAUGAAGAGGAGAACUCCAGCUCCAGUGAGGAGGACCGGGAGACAACGGCGCAGAGGCGCAUUGAGGAGUGGAAGCAGCAACAGCUGCUCAGUGGCAUGGCGGAGAGGAACGCCAACUUUGAAGCGCUGCCAGAGGACUGGAGAGCACGGCUGAAGCGGAGGAAAACUGCAUCUAGCACGUGAAGUGUACACGCGGCGCUGUUUUUUACAGUUGUACAGUUUGGAGCCCUUUAUGACUCAACUGUUGUCCAAUAAAUUGUAGCAGUUUGGGA